AUGGAAAGCAGUAUCAACACCUUGGACGAAUUCAUUGUCGGGGAGAAAUACAAACUUAUAAGAAAAAUCGGGUCUGGCUCCUUUGGGAUCAUUUAUCUGUCAGUUGAUGUCACCACGGGUGAGGAAGUAGCAUUGAAAUUAGAAUCAGAGACAGCCAAAAACCCCCGACUGCUGUAUGAGAAUGAAUGCUACAAGACUCUGGAGGGUGGUGUGGGCAUACCCCGCAUAAGAUGGUAUGGACAAGACAAAGGACAUUAUGCACUAGCUAUGGACCUUCUGGGACCCAAUCUGGAAGACAUCUUUACAAACUGUUCAAGGAAAUUUUCCAUUAAAACUGUCUUAUUGCUGGCUGAACAGAUGAUCAGCAGAAUUGAAUAUGUGCACAGCAAAGACUACAUAUACAGAGACGUGAAGCCAGAAAACUUCCUCAUGGGUACUGGCCAUCAUUCUAAUAAGUUGUUCUUGGUAGAUUUUGGCUUGGCAAAAAGGUACAGAUACCCCGGCACAAAUCAACACAUCCCUUACAGAGAAAAUAGAUCACUCACUGGCACUCCUCUUUAUGCCACCCUCAAUGCCCAUCUCGGAAUUGAACAGAGCCGCCGAGAUGAUCUGGAGUCACUCGGAUAUGUUUUCAUGUAUUUCAAUAAAGGUGAUCUGCCAUGGCAAGGCCUGAAGGCUGCUACAAGAAAAAAAUGGCGUGAGAAAAUUUCUGAGAAGAAGUUGACGACUCCAGUGGAAGUUUUAUGUGAGGGCUAUCCUGCUGUAUUUGCCACUUACAUAAACUAUUGCCGUGGGCUGCAGUUUGAGGAAACUCCGGACUACCAGUACCUGAGGAAGUUAUUCCGAAACCUUCUCGAGAGUCUGAAUGAUCCUUCUGACUAUAUCUUUGACUGGUCAAUUUUAAAGUCGGCCCAGCAAACAACAUCUGUUACCGGACAGGGUCACGAAAGUCAUCUCCCCAUCCAUUUCCAAGGAUGAAUGGUGGAGGAGCCCAGAGCAUGAUGGGAGCAGAAAAGUUUUCUCUCCCCAAUCUAAAAAUUUUGCUGUAUGGUAACGUG